AUGCAGUUUUCUCAGGAAACAGUUGACACUAGUCAAAAAACUAAUACCGUUUUUCUCUUACCACCACCAAAACUAACACAAGGUGCAAAUUUUGCGCAUCAUAUACCAACAUUGUCAUCAUCUUCUUCAGUUCCGUGCGCUUUACCGCCUCUUCACUUAGCUUCUUUAGGGUCUAACACAGAUCAUACCUUACCACCAAUCGCCUUCUGCGAUACUAUACGAGAAAAUAUGUCACUGACGAGUACUUAUUAUUCGGUAUAUCAUAAUGAGAUUGAUAAUAAAUUUUCACCAGAUUUUCCUACCCAAACUUCUGAUUUCAAAAUAUCAAAUGCAAACAUAUCAAAGGCAACGGCAAGCACGUCAUUUAUGACGGAUGAAGAACGACAUCGACGUCGUUUGGAGUUAAAUCGAUUGGCCGCGAAACAGUCUAGAGAACGCAAGAAAAUUUAUGUUGCAAAUCUCGAAUCUCGUGCUUAUAGGUUGGCAGAAGAGAAUACGACAUUAAAAGAAUCGAUUAGGCAAGCUAAUGAAAGAUUAAUAAGCAUGAACCUGGAAAUCGAAGAGAAUCAUAGGUUGCAUUUUUUGAUUGAAGAUUUGAAAAAAAGAUUGCUUUAA